AUGCCAAGCAAAUACAUUGAAAAAUAUGACCAGGUCCCUGUGACCAAGGAAGACCUUGACUGGGCCGAACUUAUCACAUUAGAUCUGAGCCAGUAUGAACAGCCAGGAGGAAAGGAAGACCUUGUCAAGCAGCUCGAUCAUGCUGUCAGAAAUGUUGGAUUCUUCUAUGUGAAAAACUUCAACAUCAGCCAAGAAGAGAUCGACAACCAGUUCGCUCUAGGGCGAGAGUUUUAUGCCCUUCCGCUUGAGGAGAAACUCAAGUUCCACAGUGCCAGUGACCUUGAAAGGGGCGAAUACAACUCUUACCGUCCUGCUGGACACCGAAUCCUCGGAAAUGGCGUCAAGGAUAAUGUCCAGGUGUAUAAUCUCCCAAAGUUUGACGGUCACCACGUGCGACCCCAGCCUUCUGUCCUUGCCGACAAUAUUAAAGAGAUUGAAACUUUCAGUCGGAAAUGUCAUACCGAAGUCGUCGAGAAGCUUCUCCGCCUCUUCGCAAUCCUGCUCGAGUUGCCCGAUGAGAAUCAGCUAGUCCGCGAUCACCAAUAUGACGUCAAGGGCGAGGACCAUCUGCGCUAUAUGCAUUACGCUGCCCGUAGCGCCGAGGAUAACAAGAAGGUCGGCGAGCUCUACAGUCCCGGUCACACAGACUUGGGUACAGUGACUCUUCUAUUCCGGCAACCAGUAGCCGCACUUCAGAUCCUCAAUGCAGAGGGUCAAUGGAAGUGGGUGAAGCCCCAGGAUGGAACCAUUACUAUCAACACAUGCGAUGCUUUGACCGCGCUCACUGGUGGUUUGAUUAAGUCGAGUAUUCAUCGGGUGCAUGCGCCACCUGCUGACCAAGCCCAUAUUGACCGGUUGGGCGUUCUCUACUUUGCUCGCCCCAACAACCACGUUGUCCUUGACCCCAUCCAGAACAGCCCCCUUCUUCAAAGGCUUGGCUUGACUACUAAUGCGUUCACCGAACUUGGGCAGCACCUCACGACCGAGCAGUGGGUUACAGUUCGACAAACACAGCAGCAGCGAAGACAUCGGGAUGUCAAGGUUUCCUCUAAGGGGAAGUAUACCUAUAAGCCGAAGGAUCUCGAGAUCAUUCCUGGCCUUCAGGCUGCUAUCUACAACUAG